ACAACAUUCUCUCCAUCUCUGUUAUUUCAUCUUCACGAAAGGCGAUACCUUUCGAUCUUCCCUCUUCGAUUCUGUUUCAUCUCUUCAAUCUCAUCCACUUCCGUGUAGAAUCUCACAUUCUCUAGAUCCUUAACUUCAAACCCUCGAAACUAAAAUGUUAACCUAAAACUGUUCCCUCCCAAAAAAACAGAGCAAAACCACAAAAAGAUGUCAGAUUCAAGAUACAGAGUCGGAUACGCUCUCGCAGCCAAGAAACAACAAAGCUUCAUCCAACCUUCUCUGCUCGAACACUCAAGCCAACGAGGCAUUGAUCUAAUCAAACUCGAUCCAACCAAACCCUUACUAGAACAGGGGAAACUCGAUUGCGUGAUCCACAAGCUUUACGAUCUCAACUGGAAACAGAACAUCCAAACCUUCCGAGAGAAACUCCCUAACGUCCCCGUCAUCGACUCUCCAGACGCCAUCGAACGGUUACGCAACAGAGUCUCCAUGCUCGAAGUGAUCACUCAACUAAACUUUCCUUUUUCGGAAAGUGAGCGUUUUGGCGUCCCGAAACAGGUCGUUGUGAUGGACCAAACCGUUUUGAGCGGAGGAGAAGGGUUAGGGGAGCUUGAGUUUCCCGUUAUAGCUAAGCCCUUGGAGGCAGAUGGUAGCGCGAAGUCUCACAAGAUGUUCUUGAUUUACGAUCAAGAAGGGGUGAAGAUACUUAAAGCUCCCAUUGUGUUGCAGGAGUUUGUGAAUCACGGUGGUGUGAUCUUUAAGGUUUACGUGGUUGGUGACUUUGUGAAGUGUGUGAAGAGAAGAUCUUUACCUGAUAUCUCCGAGGAGAAGAUUGGGAUGUCUAGAGGGUCUUUGCCCUUUUCGCAGAUAUCGAAUUUGACGGGUGAGGAGGAGAAGAAGAGAGAGUAUGGUGAGGAUUUGAGUUUGGAGAAAGUGGAGAUGCCUCCUACGAGUUUCUUGGAGGAGUUGGCUAAGGCGAUGAGGGAGUCGAUGGGUCUUAAUCUGUUUAACUUUGAUGUGAUUAGGGAUGCGAGAGAUGGUGAUAGGUAUCUUGUUAUUGAUAUUAACUACUUUCCUGGUUAUGCUAAGAUGCCGUGUUAUGAGCCUGUGUUGACGGAUUUCUUCUGGGAUAUGGUUACGAAGAAGAAGAGUCAUGUCUGAGAAUGCCAAAAUUUGUUAGCGGGGACAUUUGUUAGGGAGUUGCUCAAUGUGUUGUGGAAUUUGUUGCUAUGGUGACUUAGCUGCUCUGCUAAUUUUCUGUUGGAUUCUUGAACUUUGUGGUGCUUUUUCUUUUAUUAUUAUUGUUUCUUAGGUGUUUUUCUCUUUGUUUACUUUCAAGUUUUUGCAAAGCCUUGUUCAAGUGCAUAACUGUUGUUACUCUUUGAGAAAUGAAAAGCAUUGGAUUUUCUAAGUUCUUGGUCAUUUGCUCUGUUCUUAACUCUGAGAUAGUUGAUUGAUGAAAUUAUUUUUACAUUUUUGUAAAGUGAAGUUAAGUGCU